AACAUGGCGGUAAAAUCACACUUUUGCACUAGUUGAUCUAUGAAAAUGACUUUGGCUCCAAAUCCGAAACAAAAAUUCCGUUCAUUUCUGUGGAGGAUGCUUAAAGUUGGAAUUCAUGAGAGUUGAAACACUUUUCAAGCGGAUCUUACCGUUGCCAUUUUCAGAAACGUGCGAAAAAAGGCAUCUACCUCGUCACAUUUCGAGAAUCUUAUUUCAUUCAAAGAAAGGCGAUGCUUAUAGAACUUGCACUUAUCCUUUACAUUUGCCUGUGAAAGAUGAAGCUACUUUGUAUUUGCAUUGGCCCUACUGCAAGCAGAUUUGUUCAUUUUGCAACUUCAACAAAUACAUCAGUAAGAAUGUGGACCACGAUCGCAUGAGAAAAUGCCUUGUGACUGAAACAGAAACCUUAUUGAAGUUGUCUGGUGUGAAAAAGAUUAGCUCAGUUUACUUUGGAGGAGGAACACCAAGUUUGGCAGAACCUUCAACAAUUUCUUCAGUACUUGAAGCUGUUUCAACCAUUUGUUAUAUGCCUUCUGAGGCAGAGGUGACACUUGAAGCUAACCCCACUUCAGCUGAAACUGAAAAACUCAGUCAUUUCCAUGCUGCUGGAAUUAAUCGUCUCUCCCUUGGAAUCCAGGCCUUCAGUGCAAGAGAUUUGCUUCUUUUAGGAAGAGACAAUACCAUUAGAGAUUCAUUGAGAGCAAUACAGGCUGCAAGGUCCAUUUUUCCAGGAAGAGUAUCGAUUGAUUUGAUGUUUGGACGUCCACAACAAACACUGGAGGAUUGGUACAAGGAGUUGUUAAAAGCAUUAUCUGUGUGUGAUGACCAUAUAUCAUUGUAUCAGCUGACGCUGGAAAGAGGCACACCACUCUAUAAAAAUGUCAUCUCUGGAAAACAAUCUCUUCCUGACUCUGAUUUGGUUGCUGAAAUGUACCAGUUGGCAGUGGAGACCUUGACUGCAAAUGGGUUCCACAGAUAUGAGGUUGCCAACUUUGCAAAAUCAGAUGCAGAAAGCAGACAUAACCUCUCAUAUUGGAAUGGAUCACAGUAUAUUGGAGUGGGACCUGGUGCUCAUGGCAGAUUUAUUCCUUCUGGAAAUGGCAAUGGAUUGAGGCAGGCAAGAGUGCAGACAUUAGAACCAAACCAGUGGAUGAAAGAGGUUGAAACAAGAGGGCAUGGAACUAGAAAACAAGUAACACAAACAAAAUUUGAAAUAUUAGAAGAAAUUCUUAUGAUGAGUUUAAGGACUGCUGAUGGUCUAAGUUCUGAGAAUUGGAAAAUCUUCUCCCCGUUUGGUUUGUCUUUAUAUGAUGCAUUCAAAGAUAAUCAGGACGUCAAAGAUCUCAUUCAACAUGGCCUCCUGUCCUUAACAAAAAGAGGCGUCAAAGCUACCCCUAAAGGCCUGUCUGUUGUGGAUAGCAUAAUUUCGACAUUAUUACUUCAUCUUGAUGGAAUAAAUAGGACUGUACUAAAAUCGGAAACAUAUUGAAAAAAAGUUAGAAACUUGGAAGCUUAUUUGAAAAUAAGUUAUGGCCAAAAAUAAUAUUCAUAGAGGUGACACGGAAUACAUUUUGAGCUAAUUUAUGUCGGCGUUUUUUCCUUUUCAAUGGCUGUUUUUCCACAACA